AUGUUUUGUACAACUUUAUCCAAAACAUGGAAAUUAAACACCUCAGGCGAAAAAAUAAAAUUAUUAAGCUACUUUACUGGAAAAGAAAAUAGGCGAGUUGACGCGCUAUCAUGCCUUGAUGAUUUGGACACAGAGGAUGAGAAAUGUACCUACUUAAGGUCUUUAAUUUCGACGUCUGAUAUCCUUCCACCUUUUUGUUACCAAACACCACCUCAAGUUAUUGUAGAAAAACCCAUUUCCAUUGGAGUAUUCCGAAAGACACUUACCUACCCAAAAAUUUCUGCCAACUCCUUCGCUAUUAUGAUACAACAGAUACCGCGAACGAUGAAGAUCCGUAGAAUAAAAGUAGCACAAUUAACCAAAUUACUUACCAAGAAAGACGUCGUAAAAGAAGAAAUAGAAAUCGUGCAGUUCUUGGAGGAUAUCGCUGAAUCAGCCAGCAUUACAAUGACUUCCAUGAAGCAAGUACACGACUGGUAA